ACACGGGCGCAGCAGCAGCGAUGGCAACGCUCUACCCCUCGCUGGAGGACAUGAAAGGCCACCAGGUCUUGCAGGCGCAGGCAGCCGCCGGUGUCGGCACCCCCGCCACGACGGUGCUCACGGAGAAGCCGAAGCUCACCUCCGGCACCGCACCGCCCAUGCUGUACCCCAACCUGGCGGAGCUGGAGGAUUACAUGGGACUCGCGCUCUCCAGCGAAGAGAUCCAGAAAAAACUCUUCCCGGACAGCAGCACCGCGCUGACCCCCGCCGGCCCCGUGCCGGGCCAGCUGGUCGCCCCCCUGAGUGGGAACAACGUGGGGCUGCGGCGGGCAGAGAUCAAGCCGGGCGUGCGGGAGAUCCACCUCUGCAAGGACGAGCGGGGCAAGACGGGGCUGCAGCUGAGAAACAUCGACCAGGGCAUCUUCGUGCAGCUGGUGAAGGCCAACUCGCCGGCCUCGCUGGUGGGGCUGCGCUUCGGCGACCAGAUCCUGCAGAUCGACGGCAAGAACUGCACGGGCUGGAGCAGCGACAAGGCGCACCGGGCGCUGAAGAAGGCGUCCCCGGAGAAAAUCGUCAUGGUGGUGCGGGACAGGCCGUUCCAGCGCACUGUCACCGUGCACAAGGACAGCACCGGCCACGUGGGCGUCGUGGUCAAGAAGGGGAAGAUCGUGUCGCUGGCCAAGGACAGCUCUGCCGCCCGCAACGGCCUCCUGACCCACCACUACAUCUGCGAGGUCAACGGCCAGAACGUCAUCGGCAUGAAGGAUAAGCAGCUCAUGGAGGUGCUGGCGGACGCGGGGAACGUUGUCACGCUGACCAUCAUCCCCGCCGUGAUCUACGAGCACAUGGUCAAACGGCUGUCGGCGGGGCUGGUGAAGUCGUCCAUGGACCACUCCAUCCCCGACCUCUGAUGCGAUCGCCGCCGUCCUGCCACCAGACACCGGCGUGGGCGCCCCCCCCGGCCAAGCCUGGAAGUGGGGGGGCUCAGAGGGGCCGCAGAAGGUACCCCGCAGCCCCCCCGAAAGAAGCUGUUGUAGCACAGAAACCCAUAAAGAGCCUGGGGCUGCAGGGCAGCGCAGGGCACCGCAGCACCAUCCUGCAUCCCCCCGGCGCUCUCCUC